CUACAACACCAGCUCUCAAGUGCGAGUUGGUUCGUUGAGAAGGGCGAUAGGAUGUCGGUUUCCGCAAUCGUCCAGUCGGAAACAUCAAAAUUAAUGACUAUGGCACCCUCGACAUCUACUUCCGGUCCUUCAGGCCACCUCCACAAUCAACGACAACCACAUUCGAUGCCCAACACACCAGCGGCGCUGGUAUAUCCAACGACUUCGUCUGCAGGCUGGACAGUCGUACAUCAUGGCACUUUAGGGCCACCUGAAGCCUACCAAACUGGGACCUCUGCGGUGGGAAUGGGUAUUGGAGGACGGAGGUCGCAAUCGCAAACUCGACUGCCGAUUAGCAGUGCUGGUCCAUGGCGGCCUACUCCUCCCAGCACGCGGCCAUUGCCUGUUCCGCCCCCGCUCGAUACGGUCAGCGUAGGCUCUACCACAUUCAAACGCAAGCCAAGCGCUGAGCGAGAUACGGGAAAGGGAAAGCGGAGGGCCAGUAUCGGUGAUACGUCGACCACAAGCGUCACAAAUAACGCGCUCUUGUCGCCAAACCCAGCGUCCGCGUCUGCCACGAUAGGUGGAACCGUGUCGCCAGGGCCAGUAUCACCGUCUUCGACAACGUCUACACGACCGUUACCACUCCCUCCCCCAACAACACCAGUGGCCUCCGCCUCUUCUUCCAACGCCAUUGCGGGACCUAGUCAACCGCCGAAGCUAAAAUCGCCCCAAAAACCUACGUCUUCUACUUCCUCAUCUUCGCGACAGCCCCAACAACGGGCUCGUACUCCAGAAGCAACGGCAUUUCGCGCGGUUAAUGCUAAUCAAGAUAGGACCGGGUAUUCACCUCAAAGACAUGCAGCCCAAAUAACGCGGUCACCGACUAUGCAAUUCGAAGGUGUCUCCGGAGUAUGGGCACCACGACCUGCGGCGGCUUCGCAUCCCCGAAAUCAAGGAAGUUCUGCAGGAGAUGCAAGUAGUGGGAAUGUGAGGAGUUCCAGUCGAGAUCGAACAAGGACGCGCACAACGUCCGCCAGCUCAGAUCGACGGCCCUCCUUGACGCGAAAAACGAGUUCGGGAACCAGUACAGCAACGACAAAGCAACCCAGCUUGACCAAUUUGCGACGCAAGACUAGUUCAGAUGUCGUCCGGAAAGGUAGUGGCGAUUCCGUCAUUGGUGGUAGUCCACCCCUCCAGAGGAAAAUCAGUGGCGGGAUUUUACGCACCACGACUAGUGGUCCUUCGGUCUCUGGCAACUUGACGCCUCGCAAGAGCAGUUUGUCGAGCAAUGCUCCUGGUAUUCGAAGCAAUACGUCUUCACCUGCACAUUCUCGCAAUCCGUCUUUAACGAUGCCUUUACCACUUGUUAUCCCAGUAUACAUCCCCAAUUUGUCCUCAGCCUCCUCGACUGCCUACUCCGCUCAAUCGCCUCCUUCAAGCUCUAAACCACCGCCUCAGCAACAACUACCGCCUAUACCUCCACCACCGCCCUUGCAACAUCCAAUUCGUAGAGGAACAGAUACUUUGCCUCCUACGAUAGCGACUCAAAACGUUAUUCCUAUGGGUCCGGCACCAAAAUCAUUUAUUCCCCCGCCCCCGCCUCCUCCGCUGCCUAUUUCUGCACGAAAAUCCUCACCUAUCACGGCCGCUCUACCUCCUCCUCCACCUCCACCACCAAGGAGCGUAUCCCCACAACCCCCACCACUAAAGAUGUCAGCGGUUUUGAUGGCCCGUCGCGAUGGCUCGACCAACACUGCGUUCACUAGUAGUCCAAGCACUUAUGGAACAGACACUUCUACGCCCUCGACUGGAUAUGGAUCGUCCUGGCACUACAGUGUUAGCGAUGCAGAAACGACUGCAACAAGCCCAGGCCCCUUAGCAACGCCGAAUACGUCGUCUGAUGGCAGAUGGGAUACGGAGCACAACAAGUCGCCUAACAAACGGGAGCGACGGAGACUCCAAUUACAUUCCCCUAUGGAUGUCAACAGCCCCACUCUGGAUAUCAGCAGGGGUGUCAGCCCUCAAUCACCACGAGCGCAGACUCCACCCAUUCAUUCGCAUCCAAUUGGGGACGAUUCUGAAGGCCCAGAUAGCGCAAUCAGCGAGCGUGACCCAAAACAAGCCUGGCUUGCGGCGCUGGAAGGACAAGUGGGAGAAGAAGAAAUGGACGGGGUGUUGCUCUCGCCUCCCCGAUUUGCCUCGCGGAGGAAUGUCCUUGAUCCCGACGAUGAGGAUGCCGAUAUCGAUGACCUUGACUUGUAUGACGACGGUUUCGACGACAUCGCUGAUGAAGGCGCGGAUCGGGGAAGACGGGGCAGAAGCCCUUCUCCAAUUCGUUAUGCCCGGCGGGCAUCAGUUGACCAUGACAUGAUAUUCUCUGAUUCAAGCGACGAGGACUUGGACGAUGACAUGGAUGUUGGUCUUGGGUCAGACAUCGUAUCUGUCGAUUCACCAGCGCCGUCAUUUAACAACAACAGCGAUGCCAAGUCGACAUUCAACGACGCGAGGAGCACGUUUUCUAGAGCUCGGAGUACGAGAAGCAGAAGGCGGCGGAGAAAUACGCGGCCCGCCCCGCCGCCAGUUCCGUUGGCCAGUGCCGCAGGGAUGGGCAUGGAAAUGGUGCCAGCAUUACCAUCCAGGAACAACGACAGGAGGGCUCACCAGAGGUCGCGUUCUGCCGACAGCAGUCUCAAUGGUUUUGGCGGGGAGGCAAUGGCGCCCAGCGAGAUGUGGAGACUGGAACAGCAAAAAGCGAAAGCUCCAGUUCAAAGUGGCCAGCUUGAAGGCCAAGGGCAUGAGAUGCGGUAUAUGUACGAGGCCAGCCAGGCGAGACUACCUGCGAGCGUGCCGCCUCCGGUAAUGCUGAUGUCGACUGGCGGGUCGAUCGCAUCUCUUCCUAACGCAACAUAUGGAGGGGCGUAUGACUCGUCUGUUUCUGGGCAUGGUCAUGGAUACGCAGGCUCGAGCGAGAGUUGGCCGCAUCACCCCAACAGCACCCAGAGUUCGUUCGCUUCGCCUCCGCCAAAGGCGAAGAAGGAGGGUGCGAGUGGGUUGGGAAAGCUGUUGCCGUCUAGAUCGCGGACGACCAAAAAAGAAAAGGAGAAGGAUAGGGAUAAGGACAAGAAGUUCCGCAAGAGCGCAUUUGCUUCGCCGUCCGCUGCUCAGCUGUACCAACAAGAACACCAGUAUCGAGGCUCGUUCAGUCUUUUGCGAGCCGGGGGGACUGCUAAUUCGAGUGCGGAGGCGCUCAUGAAUCGGGGCGGAGGGUUUACCGGCGAGCGAACGAGUGAAUCGAGUGCCGUGUCUGGGAGGAUGUAUGAUCGACGCUGA